CUUCGAGCUGCGAGCUCCGCUCUCCCGCCAUGGCCCCCGCUCCGCCCCCCGCCGCCUCCUUCUCGCCCGCCGAGGUCCAGCGGCGCCUUGCGGCCGGCGACUGCUGGGUCCGCUGCGGGGCCCGCCUCUACGACCUCACCGGCUUCGUCCGGCACCACCCGGGGGGCGAGCAGCUGCUGCGGGCACGGGCUGGCCAGGACGUUAGCGCCGACCUGGACGGGCCGCCGCACCGGCACUCGGCCAACGCGCGCCGCUGGCUGGAGCAGUACUACGUGGGCGACCUGCUAGGAGACCCUCAGGGUUCCGUGGAGAAUGGGGCUGUAGCCUCUGUGAACACUCAGGAGACAGACCCUGCAAUGGAGCCAAAGCUCAAAGUGGUGGACUGGGACAAGGACCUGGUGGACUGGCGGAAGCCCCUACUGUGGCAGGUAGGCCACUUGGGAGAGAAGUACGAUGAGUGGGUCCACCAGCCGGUGACCAGGCCCAUCCGCCUCUUCCAGUCAGACUUCAUCGAGUCCCUCACCAAGACUGUCUGGUACAGCGUCCCCAUCAUCUGGAUGCCCCUGAUACUGUACCUCAGUUGGUCCUACUACCGAACCCUCGCCCAGGGCAACAUCCGACUCUUCACGUCCUUCACCACAGAGCACUCAGUGGCCAUGCCUGAGUCCGUGUUCCCGGGCCUCUUCGUGCUGGGGAUAUUCCUCUGGAGCCUGGUGGAGUACCUCCUCCACCGCUUCCUGUUCCACAUGAAGCCCCCCAGCAACAGCUAUUACCUCAUCACGCUGCACUUCGUCUUGCACGGCCAGCACCACAAGGCACCCUUCGAUGAGUCCCGCCUGGUCUUCCCCCCUGUACCAGCUUCUCUGGUGAUUGCCACCUUCUACGUGGUCUUACAGCUCCUCCUGCCCGAGGCGGUGGGGGGCACUGUGUUUGCUGGGGGCCUCCUGGGCUAUGUCCUCUACGACAUGACCCAUUACUACUUGCACUUCGGCUCGCCGCGCAAGGGCUCCUACCUGUACAACAUGAAGGCCCAUCACGUCAAGCAUCACUUUGCACAUCAGAAGUCAGGAUUUGGCAUCAGCACUAAACUUUGGGAUUACUUUUUCCACACCCUUAUGCCGGAAGAACCCCACCCGAAGAUGCAGUGACAACUCCCAGCCCUGCUGUAGCCCCUGCCCCACCCCCAGCCCCAUCCAGACCCUGCAAAGAAGAUUUGCUUGGCCAGGCAGGACGGGCUUUGUCCGGCCUUCGGGCUUGCUGGGGGCUGCUGAGAAGACCCUGAAGAUUGAGACUGACCCUGCGACUGCCCUCCUGACCCACCACAGGAAGGUCACGUCCACUUGGUGACCAAAUGGCCCUCAGGGACUAGCUCUUUCCUGGAGCAUCCCAGCUUCUCCACCAGCAUCCCUGCCCAGAGUCUUAGCCCACAGGACUGCUUUAGGACCCGGCUAAUGGGGAAUUUCCCAGGGGAAUGAAGGAAACUGACCCCUAGAGCCAGGCCUGUGUCCCACCUGUGUCUUAGCACCUCGGGCUCUCGAGCCAGCCCCCACAGUGGAGCUGCCAAUGUUCACAGCAAAGAGUGGGGUCUGCGAGGCCGGUGGCCCUCAUCUUCCCCACCUUCCUGGGGAGGAUUUGGUGGCUCUGGCUGUUCUCCUAAUGAAUGGAAAACACUGAGGUGGAUGAAGGGCUCUCACAAGAAGAGACAGCAUGAUACCUCCCACAGGCCACCCCGAGAUCCCAGGGCAGAGCCUUUGUCCCCUGCCAAUCACGAAUGCCAGCUGUACCACCAGGUGCCUCAGGCUGUGACACAUCCUGGACCCACACGCCCGGCCCUCACCUGCCUGUGCCAAUGGGCCCAGAGUAGCUGGCGUCACCUCAACACUGGCAGGAGCCCAGGCCCCUUUCUUUAGGAACCACCAGCUGCUCUAGCCAUGUCUUGCCUGCCUCUAGAAUCACAAAGUCUUUCUCCAAGGGAGGCUAAAGAGGCCUCUCCAUGGGUGGGAGCCCCACCCCAUCCCCAGCCAUUCUGACCUCCACCUGGUAUAGGUGGGUCCCUGUGCCCCCACUGAGGACCCUUCCAGCCAGUGCCACCUUAAGCCAAGAAGGGGUUUUCAUGCAGUGCCUUAUCUUUCUUCCCCUUUGCUUCCCCCACCCCAAGCAGAUGAGGUUCCAGCCCCUUCUUCCUUGUAACCAAAACUCUCACUGCUCAUAAGAGGGUCUUAUUUAUGAACUGUAUAAAUGCCCUUAGUCUGACCCCAGACCAAGUGGCUGCUCUGAUUGUCCUUUCUAAUUCUACAUGUGGAGCUUCCGUAAAAAAAUUUUAUCCUGUUUUUGUUCCCUUCUUACCCACAAACCGUUACUACUUGAAAGUUUUAAAAAACUCGAUGUGCGUAAAGGCUAAAGAGAAGCAGUUUGACGGAUCCUAUGAUUUGUACUGUUUACUGCAGAGUUAUUUAAAGAUUUUGGAAUAAAUAUAAAAACUACAGUUGUGAAAUAAAAGUGUAAAUAAAUUGUAUAUUUUGAAAAAUAAAAACAGUGAAAAAGAA